UUUUUGUACAACCCUAGAAAAAACCACGCAGACAUUUUGAUGAUAUGUCCUCUACAUAAGCUGCGUAGGCAUCUGGAAAUCUCCUCUGAAUCACAUCGAAAGUUGCAGAGGAACAUGAGCAGGACUAAAAAUAGUAAGCUGAAGAAGAUCUUCGUUAAAAUAGGAAUGAAAAUCCAAGUUUAUAGGAGAUGACUUUGGCAGAGGAUGCACGCCAUACGCGGACUUCACGGUUCUCCGUUUCUUUGAUGAAACAGUUAGCAUUGCAACAUGUCUUCUCGCCUUCUCCUUUGAGAAUCAAAACUUACCCUUCUACGCGUACAGGUACUUUCUCUCUCUCAAUCUCACAAAUCAAUUAUUUGUUCUGCUUCGAAUCUUCUCUUCUUCUUCUUCUUCUUCCGCUUUUCAAGCUUACUACAACAACAAUGUAGAUGAACUGUGAAUGUGUAUGUCCAUGUCUUUGGUGAUUUUCGUGUUGAAUUUGAUCAAUGUGAUUAGGUGAUCCCAGGGUCAUUAUCUACUGUGGAGGAUCGGUGGGGCAUGCCCGGCACAUUUGGACGACAAUCUUAGUCGGGAAAUCCUAAACAGAUGGCUCAAGCCCCGCCGCCUGAUUCUCCCUCCUCUCCAACUCCACCUUCUCCAUCAUCGUCGGACGAUUCAUCACCACCACCACCAUCUUCGUCACCCCCUCCGUCGUCUCCGCCACCGCCUUCAAAAUCUUCACCACCACCUGACUCCUCCCCUCCUCCCCCGGACAAGUCCCAAUCCUCACCACCACCACCACCAAAUAAUUCAGAUUCUCCACCUCCUCCUCCUUCCAAUUCCUCCCCACCUCCUCCUAAAGGCAACAACAACAAUAACAAUAACAAUAACGACAAUCCAUCACCGCCUCCACCGUCCAAGUCGUCCCGUCAUUCGCCACCACCACCGCGAUCACUCUCACCUCCCUCACAUGGAUCGUCAUCAAAUAAUGGAGACAGUAAGGGAAGUUCGGUAAAUCAACCCGUUCUAAUCGGAGUCCUGGUCGGGGCAGGUGUACUGUUCAUUCUUAUGGUGGUUCUCUGCUGCGUGUGCAGUAAAAAGAAAAAGAAGCCGCCCAAGCAUGAUCAGAUGCCGUACUACGUGAAUCAAUCACAUCAUCAUAACGGUGGGGAUCAAUAUUAUAAUAACUGGCACGACUCACCACACCAGCGUACUGACCAAUUUUCUGGUUUAACUCCACCUCCUGGUGCCGGCCAUGGAGGGUGGCAUAUGUCGCCUCCACCACCGCCACCAGGGCCGGUUAGUAGUGAUAUGAGUUCCAAUUACUCUGGAGCACACGGUCCGGUCUUGCCUCCACCACACCCAUCGGUGGCACUUGGGUUCAGCCAGAGCAGCUUCACCUACGACGAGUUAGCGGCUGCAACUGGAGGAUUUUCUCAGGCUAAUCUGUUGGGGCAGGGAGGGUUUGGAUAUGUACACAAAGGUGUAUUGCCAAAUGGGAAGGAAAUUGCAGUGAAGAGUCUGAAAUCGGGUAGUGGACAAGGGGAGCGUGAAUUUCAGGCUGAAGUUGAUAUUAUUAGUCGAGUUCAUCAUCGCCACCUUGUGUCCCUUGUUGGGUAUUGCAUUGCAGGAAGUCAAAGGAUGUUGGUUUAUGAAUUUGUUCCCAAUGGCACCCUUGAAUUCCACCUUCAUGGGAAGGGAGGCCAACAAAUGGACUGGUCCAGUAGAAUCAAGAUCGCCCUUGGAUCUGCCAAAGGACUUGCUUACUUGCAUGAAGAUUGCCACCCAAAAAUCAUCCACAGGGACAUUAAGGCUUCAAACAUCCUUAUUGAUACAACUUUUGAGGCAAAAGUGGCAGAUUUUGGGUUGGCUAAACUAUCUUCAGACAACUUCACUCAUGUGUCAACUCGCGUCAUGGGAACAUUUGGGUACAUGGCUCCUGAAUAUGCAUCGAGUGGCAAGUUGACAGACAAAUCUGAUGUUUUCUCCUUCGGUGUCAUGCUUUUGGAACUAAUCACAGGACGACGCCCAGUUGAUCCCACCGGAGAGAUGGAGGACAGCUUGGUGGACUGGGCGAGACCUUUAUGUUUGAGUGCAUUAGAGACUGGAAACUAUGAUGAAUUGGCAGAUCCUUUCAUGGAAGGGAAUUAUGUUGAACAUGAGAUGGCUCGUAUGGUGGCAUGUGCUGCUGCGUCCAUUAGGCAUUCAGCGAGGAGACGCCCAAAGAUGAGCCAGAUUCUACGUGCACUAGAAGGUGAUGUUCAACUAGAGGACUUGAAUGAAGGGAUGAAACCUGGCCAAAGUAGCAUUUUCAGCAGCCCAACUACUGGCAGUUCUGACUAUGAUAAUAGCUCAUACAGCACAGACAUGAGGAAAUUCAGGAAGAUGACACUGGAAAGCCAAGAGUAUACCAGCAGCGAAUUAGGCCACACGGGCGAAUACGGGGUCAAGGCUUCUGCAUCAAGCGGUGAAAUGAACAGGGGAAGCCGAAGGCAGAGUCCUUGACUGAGCCUCCAAAAUAAGUGAAAAGCAAUCAGAAUGAGUACGGAUUCCGGUUUCAAUAUUUUCUGGGAAGCAGAGAAAUGGUAUUUUUCUGGUAAUUAAGAGUAACAAGCAUUCUUUGGUGGUAGUUAACAGGAUCGAUAUAUUUGCUUCAAGAACAGCAAAGGAGAUGAUUUGCUCCAGUUUUUUUAGGGCUUCUAGCUUGAACAGUGUCCACAACAAAGGCAUGAUUUGUAACAUGACAGUUUUCUUCUUGUAUAACCAUGCAUGUUUUCACUGAUGGAG